ACUGAGCGAGGUCGAGGCAGACGAAGCAGCGGGGCCGUUCACGAUCAUGGCCGCUCGCCGGGCAACGGGGCCGGUGCAAGCGAUCCGGCGCGACGGCGACGUCGGUCGCCGCGAGGACGCCCCGCUCCUGCGUGCCCCGGUAUUGCUGGGUGACGGGGAAGGGCCGCCCACGAUCGGCCGAUGGGCCAUGGCGCUCUGCGAGGAGUUCGUGCAGAAGCUGUACAAAGCCGUGUGGGCCGCCAUGGCUCUGCUGCACGCGCUGUGUAUCGUCGGCGGUGACAAGCCGCCUGCCGCCGACGCUGCCACGCCGUCCUCGACGGCGCUGAAUGAGCAACGGCAGGAGACUGCAGACGCGCCGGUCCCCGAAGCCCGUCGUCGCAAGCUAAAUUCGCACGCACCGACGAUAGCCAGCGCAGCCAAGCAGCCUUCCCGACUGAAACUGGGUCCAGAAGCGUCCGCGGCGCGGAAACGCAGCCUCGAGCCUCCUGCAUCGACGAUUACCCCACGUACGGCACCGACAACGUCCAGGCGCUGCAGCCCGAUAAGGCGCAUCCCGAUGCCCAGCACCGCGCUCGGACAAACCCGCUCCGGGGACAGGACGGUCAGGCCUUCGCGGUGCAAGCUCACGUCAUCCAGGCUUUCGUCGCCCAAGGCCAGUGCCUCGGCCCCGACGCCGACGUCUCCAAAGAAUCCAUGCGCGGCGCCGCUGUCGUGCUCUAGCGCCGCUCUGCUGGCCACGGCUGCCGAGUGCAAGAAGGGCUUCCCGAAAAUCACCUCUCCCGACGUGCGAAAGCUGCGCCAACAGGCGGUGGAAUUGUUCAACGCUGUGGUGACUGUGUUCGUGCUUCUCGCCAACUUGACUGUGACGCUGGUGUAUUGUCUCGUGAGACUGUCUUGUGUACGUGUCCUCGCCUUGGUGUCGAGGCGACAGGCGGUUGCCGCCGCGUAGCCCCUGUGUGUGUGCGCGCCAAGUCAUAUGUUGUAGAUUUUUUUCUUGUAAAUUGUAUCCGCUGCUUCA